AUGUCACCAACUGACACAUCGCGGGAGGAGAAUGUCUACAUGGCCAAACUGGCAGAACAGGCUGAACGAUAUGAGGAAAUGGUUGAGUUCAUGGAAAAAGUUGCUAAGACUGUUGAUGUUGAGGAGCUGACAAUGGAGGAGAGAAACCUCCUCUCUGUUGCUUACAAGAAUGUGAUUGGUGCUAGGAGGGCUUCAUGGAGGAUCAUUUCUUCCAUUGAGCAGAAGGAGGAGAGCCGUGGAAAUGAGGACCAUGUCACAAUAAUUAAGGACUAUAGGGCUAAGAUUGAGGCUGAGCUAAGCAAGAUCUGUGAUGGUAUUUUGAACCUUCUCGAGUCCCAUCUUGUUCCCUCUGCUUCAUCUGCCGAGUCCAAGGUAUUUUACUUGAAGAUGAAAGGCGAUUACCAUAGAUACCUAGCUGAGUUUAAGACUGCGGCAGAGAGGAAGGAAGCUGCUGAGAGCACUUUGUUAGCUUACAAGUCUGCUCAGGAUAUUGCUUUGGCUGAACUGGCUCCUACUCAUCCAAUAAGGCUUGGACUUGCACUUAACUUCUCUGUGUUUUAUUACGAAAUCCUUAACUCACCUGAUCGUGCUUGCAACCUUGCGAAACAGGCUUUUGAUGAAGCUAUCUCCGAAUUGGAUACAUUGGGUGAGGAAUCAUACAAGGAUAGUACAUUGAUCAUGCAACUUCUCCGAGACAACUUGACCCUGUGGACUUCUGAUAUUACGGAUGAAACCGGGGAUGAGAUCAAGGAAGCUUCAAAACGUGAGGCGGGUGACAGACAAUAGCCGCGAGCUUCUGUAUGUUCCGUUUGUGCCUUAUUAUAGAUUUCAUUUGGGGGUGUUAGUACAUCUUCAUAGAGUCGAACUGCUGCUAUGUUGCUCAGUUUUACAUAUUAUUAGGUUGUAUUAUUGCUGUUCAAAAGAAUUGGGUUUGGUGGUUUUGUUAUCAGAGAUGUUGGUUAUUUUAGUGGUUUUCGUCUUGGUACGAAUUUGACAUGAUUCAAGUGGUUGCUUUUGUCGUUUUGGUACUUCAUAUUAUUGCAU